UUCAAAAUUUUCAUGUUCAUGAAUGGGCAUUAUGUUCACGCUGUUCAAGUGUCCAUUACGUUCACCGACAGUUAUAAAUAGUGCAUUAUUUUGAAAAUAAUUGUUAAUUUUUCCUACCUAGACUACAGAUUAUAAAGAAAGCCUGGUAAAUUCUGUGGACAAGUUUGAUUUUAAAUAAUCGAGUUUAAUUUCAUGGAGUGCCCUCAUCUGGAAGACAAUGCCUGCAUAACGACACCAAAUAUAAAGAGUGAGAACCUGCCUUCCCGCUUUGUUUGUGGUGUUUGUAAAACAGAGCAGAGUCCAUGGAUUUGUGUGAAGUGUGGACGCAUUCACUGUGGAAGAUAUGUAAAUGGACAUGCCAAGCUCCACCAUGAGGAGGCCACAAACCACGCAGUGUGCAUGGACUGUGACAACUUGGCUGUCUUCUGUUACAAAUGUGACGAGUUUGUUAUCAAUGACACAGCACCUGGUCAUCUGGAAAAACUUCGCCAACAACUGAAAUCCAUCUCCAGUGCUCAAGCUCGAAUGAGACAGAAGUCAAGGAGGAGGUGUUCCACUGAUUCACAGGAGAAUGAAAAGGCAACCAAAAAAAUCAAGAAGGAUGACCGUUUAAGUAAACCCCGAUCUUCUGGAUUACGGAAUCUUGGGAAUACAUGUUUUAUGAAUGCAGUAUUACAGUCGCUGAGCAACAUUCAACAGUUUUGUGGUUAUAUAAAGCAACUUCCAUCUUUAGAAGAAAAAGUAACAAAAGUCAAGAAAAUACAGACAAGGAAAUCAAAAACACCUGAAGAGGAUGUAUUGCUGGUAGAAGAAUUGCGGAAGACUUUAUGUGCACUAUGGCAGGGCUCCAAAGGUGCAAUCUCUCCAGAGUCCCUGUUUGCUGUCAUUUGGAAAGUUGUCCCCAGAUUUAGGGGAUACCAGCAACAAGAUGCCCACGAGUUUAUGCGGUACCUCUUGGACAGACUUCACACAGAGCUUCUGACACUGCUGCCCUACCCAAACAGUGACAGUCCAUUCAUCGGACCAAAGGGCAAGAGCACAAUUGUAACCGCAAUUUUUGGAGGCCUCCUCCAAAAUGAGGUCACGUGUCUAGUGUGUGGGGUGGAGUCCAAAAAGCAUGAUCCAUUCCUAGAUCUAUCUCUUGAUAUUCCCCAACAAUUCUGUACGAGAGGAGUGAAAGCCAAAGACGGGGAACAGUUAAGAUGUACACUCUCAGACUGCUUACAAAGUUUUACAGAAUUGGAGGAACUGGAGGAAUCUGAGCUCUACAUGUGUAGCACUUGUAAGAAGAAACAGCGGUCCACCAAAAAGUUCUGGAUAAGAAGGCUGCCAAAUGUUCUUUGUUUGCAUAUAAAACGCUUUCGAUGGCAGUCUUUCUUUAGAGUGAAACUAGAGACAUUUGUAGAAUUCCCCUUGGAAGGACUAAACAUGCACAAGUAUAUUCUCGACAAUUUGCAUGAGACGCGAGGCAGUGGGAGUGGGAGCAAUGAGUAUGACCUGGCAGCGGUUGUUGUUCACCAUGGCUCUGGGGCGGGAUCUGGUCACUACACAUCAUAUGCUAGACAUGAAGGUCAAUGGUUCCACUUCAAUGACAGUACAGUGACUCCAUGUGAACCAGAAACAGUGGCCAAAUGUAAGGCCUACAUCUUGUUCUAUAUACGCCGGCAAUUCAAGGUCCCUGAUUAUUUAAGCAUCAGGAAUGGAAAGUAAACUUCACAGCAUCAGGGAAACUGCUACAGUGGACCAUAUCAUUGAAAGUGCGAUUGAGGCUAAAAAAAAAAAAAAAGAAGAUCACUUUUUCUGUUUUCAUUGGCGUAGUUUGAAAGUACAAUUCAUUGCAUUGAGAUGACUGCUAUUGGACCAUUUCAUUUACAGAGUGAAUGAGGCCAACAGAAACUCAUUUUCUUGUCGUUUCCAUUUGUGUAGUUGUUGAUCAGUUUUUAGUUUUGUUUAAAGAGUGUUUGGUAUGCAGUUUCAUUGGACAAGUGUAUAAAUGAUGAAGCAUGAUGUUUUGAAAACAGGUAUAGUACAUGUCUAUGGAUGUCUGUCUUUUUCACCUUGUGUACAAGGUUUUAAAAGCAUUUGGUGACUUGAGAAUAUGAUCGAGGAUUUUUCUUUCUAACACUACCCACCAGAUUGUCUUGUUGUGUAUCUGUUUUAGAACAAACAACUUUGUUUUGAUGUGUUUGUAUAAUGUAUUGCACAUGUAUUUGAUCAAGUUAAUAUUCCCUGAUCUUUACAUUGGAACCAAGAUAAAAAAGGUCACAACUAAAUCUAAAUAUGUGAUAUAUUUUUUUGUUUCUAUGUUAUUUUACAUAUUUCAGCAUGGGUUAAUUCCUGUGUCAAUUUUUGUUUUACAUCUUUACUUCCUCUUGUUUAGAGUGUUAUUAAAAAUGUCUACAGAUUUUUGCCAUUUAUAAUAGGUGAAUUUUUUUCUUAUCGUCAGUAUAAAGCAGGUUAAAGGGUGCUUGUCCUCACAUAUACAUUUAGGUGGCUCACCACCUUAAUAUCAGGUUGUAUUUUUUUUUUCAUGAAUAUACAUGUAGCUGUUUUUAACAUGAUUUCAAUAAACUGUCUAAUAUUUCUUCUAUACAGCAUUGUCUUGUGCACCAUAUGUGGUGUGUUCAGUUAAAUACACAGACAACUUAUUACCUUUUGUUCAAAAAUAUUCCAUGAGAUUGAGACAGGUUGCUUUACCUUGAAAUUGAAUGUUUUGUGACAGUGACUGUUAUAUGCUUGUUAGUCUGCCUAUGUAUGAUUGAACGGUUGGAUGUCUGAAGCAGCUACUGUGUAAUUGCUACAGAAACCCUCGCAGGUUCUGAGGUUAUUUUUGUCAUUCAGUUUUCAUCUGGUGUUUGUUCAUGUGCUGAGCACUGGAUCAAAAAAGUGUGCUUGUUUACUUGCGAUCAAAUGACAUUUGUCAAUAAAAGAUGAAUAUUGCCAA